UGCACUGAGUGUGGCAGAGGCGGCGGGGCGGGAACGCUCUCAGGGAGACGGACAGACGGACAGACAGAAGGACGGACCCGGCCGGCCAGGACGGCAGCGGACUCGGGGCUGCUAGUGUAUUCGUCUUCCCAUCUUCUUACCGACUGCCUGGCGCCCGCGCUGGAGACUCCCGCGCUGGUGUUUUGGGGAGCACCUGGAGAGCCCCUUCUCCCGCCGCCUCCCGGAGGAGAACCUCGGCAGUCCGAGCGCUGCUGACACUACGGAGAGCGGCGCUUACCCACGCGGGGACACCGGCGAGCUCCUGCAUCGCCCAGCAACUUUCCCGGCCAGGAGGACCGGGAACAAGUGGCCCGGAGCGAACUUUUGCAAACCUUUUCUGCACCGUCGGCUGCCGCGGCGGCGGCGGUGAAAAAAAGGCAGCGGAGACAGAGGAGGAACCUGCUCUCAGCCGCGCUCGCACCGGCGGCUGAACUUGGCCAAGCGCUCCCCGCGGCCGUGCGUCCCCCUCCCCCUCGCAGCGGAGGAGGGGAAAGUCGUGUGAGUCGCAGCGGAGCCCGAUCGCGGGCUCCCACCAAGAACUGUGCAGAGUGCUCCGCUCCUCCCGAGAGCCGCUGUCGCCGGGGCCCCGAGGAAGCGCUGCGCUCCGGGAGCGCGCCGUGAGUGACCUCGACUCUCCGAAGCCGGGCAGACGGGGAACGGACCUGAAGGGGGUGCCGGAGGCGUCUCAUCUCUGUGCUCCCGGGAGCUAGCUGGGGAGGAGGGCGGCGCGGAAGAACAGCCGGGAGCGCGCGCUCCAACAGAAACUUUCCUUGCCAAAAGCGGCGACGCGCGGGUGUUCCACGCUUCCCAGCGCACUGUUGCGGCCCCGAAACUUGAGCGUGCAGCCCAGGCUAACCCCUCGUGAAGUGACGGGCUGUUCUAUGACUGCAAAGAUGGAAACGACCUUCUACGACGAUGCCCUCAACGCCUCGUUUCUCCAGUCCGAGAGCGGCGCCUACGGCUACAGUAACCCCAAGAUCCUGAAGCAGAGCAUGACCCUGAACCUGGCCGACCCGGUGGGCAGUCUGAAGCCGCACCUCCGCGCCAAGAACUCGGACCUCCUCACCUCGCCCGACGUGGGGCUGCUCAAGCUGGCGUCGCCCGAGCUGGAGCGCCUGAUCAUCCAGUCCAGUAACGGGCACAUCACCACCACGCCGACCCCCACCCAGUUCCUGUGCCCCAAGAACGUGACCGACGAGCAGGAGGGCUUCGCCGAGGGCUUCGUGCGUGCCCUGGCCGAACUGCACAGCCAGAACACGCUGCCCAGCGUCACGUCGGCGGCACAGCCGGUCAGCGGGGCGGGCAUGGUGGCCCCCGCGGUGGCCUCGGUGGCGGGCGGCGGCAGCAGCAGCGGCUUCAGCGCCAGCCUGCACAGCGAGCCUCCGGUCUACGCCAACCUCAGCAACUUCAACCCCGGCGCGCUGAGCAGCGGUGGCGGGGCGCCCUCCUACAGCGCGGCCGGCCUGGCCUUUCCCGCGCAGCCCCAGCAGCAGCCGCCGCCGCAGCCGCCGCACCACCUGCCCCAGCAGAUCCCGGUACAGCACCCGCGGCUGCAAGCCCUGAAGGAAGAGCCCCAGACGGUGCCUGAGAUGCCCGGAGAGACGCCGCCCCUGUCCCCUAUCGACAUGGAAUCGCAAGAGCGGAUCAAAGCGGAGAGGAAGCGCAUGAGGAACCGCAUCGCUGCCUCCAAGUGCCGGAAAAGGAAGCUGGAGAGGAUCGCCCGGCUGGAGGAAAAAGUGAAAACCUUGAAAGCGCAAAACUCGGAGCUGGCGUCUACAGCCAACAUGCUCAGGGAACAGGUGGCACAGCUUAAACAGAAAGUCAUGAACCACGUUAACAGUGGGUGCCAACUCAUGCUAACGCAGCAGUUGCAAACGUUUUGAGAAGAGACUGUCAGGGCUGAGGGGAACGGAGGAAAAAAAAAAAAAAACACCACAGAGACAGACUUGAGAAUUUGACAGGUUGCAACGGAGAGAAAAAAGAAGUGUCCGAGGACUGAAGCCAAGGGUAUACACGUUGGACUGGGUUGCGUCCUGACGGCGCCCCCAGUGUGCACGAGUGGGAAGGACUUGGCGCGCCUUACCUUGGCGUAGAGCCAGGAAGCGGCGGCCUGUGGGCUGCCCGGCUUUUCGAACGGGCUGUCCCCGCGCAAACAGAACAUAGACUUUUCGUUAACAUUGACCAAGAACUGCAUGGACCUAACAUUCGAUCUUAUUCAGUAUUAAAGGGGGGGGGCGGGAGGGUUACAAACUGCAAUAGAGACUGUAGAUUGCUUCUGUAGUACUCCUUAAGAACACAAAGGGGGGAGGGUUAGGGAGGGGAGGGAGGCUUGUAAGGGCGAGGCCGAGCCUGCAGAUGAACUCCUGGCCUGCCUCCCUCAACUGUGUAUGUACAUAUAUAUAUUUUUUAAUUUGAUGAAAGCUGAUUACUGUCAAUAAACAGCUCCCUGCCUUUGUAAGUUAUUUCAUGUUUGUUUGUUUGGGUAUCUUACCCAGUGUUUGUAAAUAAGAGAUUUGGAGCACUCUGAGUUUACCAUUUGUAAUAAAGUAUAUAAUUUUUUUA